AUGGGAGGGAGCGAAACAGAAGAAUCAGAAACAAACUCGUUGAAGAAAUUGUACGAGGAGUUUGGUGGGAGCACGUCCAUGCACGGCAUUAAUCGAGUGCUCACAACAACCAGUACGUGGAAACGAUGCGUGUGGUCAGUGUUGUUUCUGUUUGGUGUAGCAUUUGCAGUCUAUCAGUUUGUGAUCACGAUGGAGGACUUCUAUAGUUAUCCGGUGACGACCGUGGUCACUUUGAAACAAGAAACUACGGCAAUCUUUCCAGGGGUCACAUUUUGCAACUUGAAUAAAAAGAGAAAAUCCAUGAUAGAUCCGGAACUUCUUGCAGCGAUCUCUUUAUUAGAAGAGACAGAGGAGGCUGCAGGUGAUGCUAUUCUCAACGGGCUGAUGUAUAACGACUCCAUGGUCAAUGGCGACAAAGCAGGGCAUCAGAUAUCGAACAUGCUGAUGAAGUGUAUUUUUAACAGGCGGGAGUGUUUCUCCGACAACUUUACAAAAAUAGAGACUGCAUCCUAUGGAACAUGUUAUACCUUCGAAAUAACGGAUCCCGAACUACAAUGGGCAACCCGGCCUGGCCCACAAACUGGCCUGUUGCUGGAAAUCAACAUUGAACACUACGAGUAUCUGCCAACGACUUCUAAAGCCGGUGUACUGGUCAUAGUACAUCCAGUAGAUGAAACUCCCUUUCCCGAAGAUGGCGGGAUUCUAGCACAUCCGGGUGUCAUCACCAGCAUUGGGGUGAAGCAGGAGUUAACACAGCGAUUGCCUUCACCUUACAGCAACUGUAUCAGUGCAGACGUACAAAGCAGUUCACUGCGUAGCCUGUUCGCAAAUAAGAGGUACAUGCAAAAUGCGUGCAUGAAAUCCUGCUUUCAACUGGCAGUGCAUGAAAAGUGUAAAUGUUGUAAUGUAGAUCUGCCCUGUGAUUAUUAUAAAAUUUUGAAUGUGGAUAGGACAACCUCAGAAUCAAACCACAGUCUGCCAAUAUGCAGUACGCCUGCAGAACUUCUAUGUGAAAGUCAGGUCGAAAAUCUCUUCCUGAAAAGUGAACUAGAUUGCGAUGAACUUUGUCCUCCUGUAUGCGAUCGUACCACAUUUGAUACGGUUGUUUCAGCUGGUUUAUGGCCAUCUGACCUGAGUUCUGACUCUGUCGAAACGAUUACUAACAGCUCAGUCGUUGGAAACAUGACUUUCACAGACUAUAUUUCUUUCGAACGGUUUAUCCGCUCCAACUUUUUGAAGAUUGAUGUUUUCUUGGAUACUUUAGAGUUCAAGGAGUUUACCACACAGGCCAAGUACGACUGGAACUUGUUGCUGGGAACUGUUAGUGGGCUUCUGGGGCUUUGGUUGGGGUUCUCCUUGUUAACUGCUAUGGAAAUAGUCGAGGUGCUGAUUGAUACUGUGGUUUUUUGCACACGCAGACGGAAGAAGAAGUAA